AUGACAUCCUCUGAUUCAACGAAUGCAUGUCUUGCCGUGCAUUCGGCAAUUAGCGGUCAGGAUGGUCUUGCUAGUCCUGAGCUUGGAAUGUCUGCAGCUGUGGCACCUCAAAACUUCAUCAUGCAUGCGCCCCAUGGCACUGCGAGUUGUGGUGACUCUUUAUCGGACCCAUAUUCUCCGGAAAUGCCUUCAGCUAAGGCGAGUGAUCGAGAAUCCCGAAUCAUAGCAGAAAAACAUCGUCGAAGUCAGUAUAAGGCGGAAAUAGAUCUUAUAAUGUCCCUCCUAUCUGAUAUAAUACCUACUCAGCGCAAAGUAGACAAAACGAGUGUCUUGCGACUUGCAGCUGAUAAGUUACGAAAUGAACAUGUAUUUGGUGACACUAUAAAAUGCCGUCAUUUAGAAACAUGGUCUUCGGGUGUAAUGAAAUAUUUUGAUCUGUUUGGAGGUUUUAUGUUUGCCGUGACAUGUCGAGGACGUAUUUUUAUUGUUUCGCCUAAUAUUCAAGAGAAGUUGGGUUACUGUCACAUAGAUUUAUUGGGACAAGACAUUUAUAAAUAUGUACACAAUGAAGACAAAGAAAUACUGCGGUUUCAUAUUUAUCCUCCAGAAUUACAAACUGGGUGUGAUGAAAGUCUGUUUAAACAGCACCAUAAUUUUCAUAUACGAUUAAUGAGGGCAGGUGCUAAAUUAGAUCCACCUAAAUAUGAAAGAUGUCGUAUAAAUGGGAUGUUGAGGCGAUCUGAUCGAGCAACUGCCAAUGGGGUACAGGAUGAACAAAUAAUUAGAAGACAAAGAGUGAGGCAUAACCGCACAUUUUCUUCUAGUGGUAAUGAUUUUGUAUUCAUUGGAAUGGUUCAUGUUCUGUCCAGUUCUAUGCCAGCUCGUUUGUUAUCACCUACAGCAUAUUCUGAGUACUGGACAAGACAUUUGAUUGAUGGCCGUAUAGUGCAAUGUGAUCAAAGUAUAUCAUUGGCAGCUGGUUAUAUGACUGAAGAAGUCACUGGUACCUCAGCUUUUGUAUUUAUGCAUAAAGAAGAUGUCCGUUGGGUUAUAUGUGUAUUGCGGCAAAUGUAUGAUCAAAGUAGAGAGUUUGGUGAGUCAUAUUACAGACUGAUGUCACGAUCAGGUCACUUUAUUUAUAUGAGGACUCGUGGUUUUCUUGAAAUAGAUAAAAACACUAAAAAAGUUCAAAGUUUUGUGUGUGUAAAUAGUGUCAUUGGAGAGGACUAUGGUAAAAGGAUGAUGGAUGAAAUGAAAAGAAAAUAUUCUGUUAUAGUUGAUAUGGAGAAACAUAAUGAACAAGCAACAUGCAUUGAUGAAGCACCAGUAGAACACCCAAAGCAUUUAGAAAGAAUUGUGAUGCAUCUUGUGGAGCCCCCAGUAAGUGAGAGUAUAGAUGAGUUCAAACUAGUUGCACCGUCAAAAGAAAAUAUAAUAUCAGCUAUUAAAAAUAGUGAAAAGGUAGUUCAAGAAACAGGAGUUAGGUUUGAUACUCGGAAAAGAAAGAAAAAUUAUUGUGAUGAUAACAUGGAACAUUUAAAAAGACACAGUUGA